CCGCCUUCUGGCCCUGGAAUGUCUGAUUGUCUUCUGUUGGCUACACACAUUCUCUGAGGCUAAGGCUUCUCGUGUUUCUCAGCCUUGACUCAUCGGCCCCAGUCUAGCCUGGUUUUUGGCGUUCAACAGUAGCCUUAAGGGACAGGUUAUUCCAUUGCUACGUUUGUUCCUCGCUUUUUGACUGCUUUUACGCUUUUUCCAUCUCUUGAACCAUCAACAUGGACUCCCAGGUUGAGGAGCCGACCGUCUCGGUGGACCAGGUUCCCUCCUCAAUUUCCCUUACCCCCGGCUCCAGUCUCCCUGAGCCUGUCGCACCAACGGUGGCCAUCGAAGUCACCUCGGAGGAGUCUUCCACUCUUUCUACCGACACUCCCACCGACCAAUCUACCGAUUCCUCUCCUCAAGAGCCGCAGUCCGAGAACCUCACAGGUGGUUCCCGAGGUGAUACACAGAUUGUUGAUCCAUCCGAACCCCCAGCGGGCCAACCGGCUCAGCCGGAACUUGAACAUGCAUACUGGGCUGAGAUGGAGGAGGACUCUUCGGUUCCGGAUGAGGCGGAGACGAAGGAGAUUGAGUCCGCGGCGGAUGGUGAUUACAGUGCCUAUGAGUAUGACUAUUGGGAGAAGAACUUCCACGCCGACCUAGACGAUCCGGAAUAUCGCCCCACGCAGAAAGCCCGUCUGACGUGGAAGAUCAAAGGCGUUCGCGGCUCCCCGGACCGCCCCAACCGCGCUAAAAUCAUGCGUUCGCCCCCUGCUUACAUGGGAGGCUAUUGGUGGACGAUUAAGUUCUUCCCCCGCGGUAAUAACGUUAGCUCCUUGAGCAUCUACAUUGAGUGCUCUCCUACUAUGCCAACGCCGGAGAAGUCCUAUCCGAGUACAGAGUUCAAGGUGCUUCAGGGUCCAGCUGACCAAACUUUAAACACCGACUCUCCCGAGCUUGACAUCAAGUUCAACGAGACUGAAGACACGGCCGCUUGGCUGGAACACUUCAAGGCCCAGUACCCCCCUGCUCGACAGGAGAAUGCCAAUGGAGCCAGUUCCUGGCGGGUAUCCGCUCAAAUUGGAGUCAUUCUUUACAACCCCGACGAGCCUCGAACGGGGUGGAUGCAGUCGUCGUGCCACCAGUUCAACCCACAUAACCUGGAUUGGGGCUGGACUAACUUUCACGGGCCGUGGGACCAGAUCCACCGCCGGCAGCGGGGCCAGCGUCAGGCACUACUUCGGCACGAUACACUAGCGUUCGAUGCUUACAUCCGCAUUGUCGAUGACCCCACUCGGUCGCUCUGGUGGCAUGCCAGUGACACCGAGCCGACUUGGGACAGCUUGAGUUUGACCGGCUAUCGUCCCUUAGGUGACUCGGUCAUCAACCACAGCGCUGAGGUAGCCGGCCUCGCCACGUGGGUGCACCUUGCUCCCUUCUGCAAGAUCAUUCAGAAGGUGAACGUGCUGGAGCAUCUGAGCGACUGUGACGUGAAGCCCAAGCCGCUGUGUGACGCGUUGCAGAAGUUCCUCUGGCAGUUGCGUUCGCGAGGACAAUCCUUGCAGUACGUUGACACCGACCUCAUUACAUCUAUCCUGCGGAACCUGCAUGAGUACUCGGGUGAUGUAUGCGAGUUCUGGGAACGCCUGCGUCGGACUCUUGAGAUAGAACUUGAGGGCACUGAUGCAGUUCGUGAGCUCGCUCAGCUCUUCGACAGCCCGUCUGUCGACUCGCUUCCCACCAGUGCUGGCGACUGUGCGAUCAACACCGUCCCGAAGGACUAUAACUCUCGCAUCUGUGUUCCUGCGGAUCAGGUCAAGACCACCAGCGAGGCCUUCAGCAAGUACCUCGGUGCCAAGCCGGGUCGGUGGGUUCUCCCCCCAAUCUUGCAUUUGGAACUCGGUCGUCAGAGCCUGGACAAGGCGGCCAGGCAGUGGCGUCUUCUCUACAACCGCGUCGAUCUAGACGAAGAACUAGACCUUACCCCCUGGGUGCUGGAUGGCCAAGACGGCAAGUAUGUUCUGUAUGGGUAUAUUGUCCACCGUGGCCGCCGCACUUCGGGCAAGUUCUUCAGUAUCCUUCGCCCGGGUGGACCAGGCACUAGGUGGCUGGCUUUUGACGAUGGCAGCGACAACCGUGUCGAGUGCCUGACUCGCAAGACUGCUCUGGGCCCCCACCUCGGCUUGGACGCGUCACAGAAGCCUGACCACAAAACAGGCCACGACGUCGCCAUCGCAGUGAUGUACAUUCGCAGCGACGUUGUGCAGGAGUAUCUGCCCGGUCCUCAGGGACCAUGGGAUGUUUCCGCUCCGCUUAAGGAGUACUACGAGACCGGCAUCCUGCCCCUGGCUCCGGCUGAAAAGGAUGAGAUUGAGGUUGAAGUCUACUCACUUCCGAAAUAUGAUCAGCUGAGCAGUCUGUUCGAUACCUACGACCUAAUGGCGCAGGCCAAGACGGCGAACAGCGUGAUGUACCUCACGGUACCUCGCUCCUCCAAUUAUGUGGAUCUCCGCAAGAAGAUCGCGCUCUGGGCGUCUACUAAGACGGAGCAGGCCACUAGCCCUGAGUAUGUGCGUUUGUGGCAAAUUGGGCACACUCGUGAUCAGUUUGGUCCCACGCUUGCAUUUGCCCGUAUCUCGGAGCUUUCCCACUGUCUGGAACUUCCUGCGAAGACCGCUCGUUUCUGGAUGGAGAUUGUUUCGGAUGCAGAUGCGAAGCUUUUCGCUAUUGCAGAUCCUCAGCAAGCUCUUGCCGUUGAAGCCAAGCCAGAGGAGGCUAUCCUCGAGCGUGAGGGGUCCGAGUCAUCUGAUGACAGACCUCUCGAUGAGAUUGACCCUGCUCAGCCCAGCUCGUCUGGCAAUAUCCCGGAUCAUCUCCUGGAUAGCAUUCCUUCAGAGGUGGCCCUCGAGCUUGCUGCACAGACCGAGACAGUGCAUGUUGAGGACACCGCUGUACAAGAUGAGAACAAUGCCGUCAUUGCUGCCAUCAUCGCCGAAGACCUUCAGCAGAUGGAAGUCGAGGUCACUGAGCCUGCUGCGGUGGUGGAGGAACCCAGCGAGGCUGUCAAUGAGACCGUCGACGUUCAACUUGAGACAGUCGUUAACGUGGACGCCCCGCCUACGCCUGCCGAGGUCGAAAUUCCCCAGCCCGUGGAGCACGUGUACUAUUUCAUUCAAGUCUUUGAUAUCGAGGCGCAGAUCCUCCGCACCGUGGGCUCUUUCUUCUCGAAGAAGGAAGAGAACAUCAAGGCUGCGAUCCGCAAGCAUCUCAAGUGGGCUCCCAUGAAAGACUUCCAGGUCUGGCAGCGCAUGGACGGUACCAACGUGACCACCAUGGCAUCCGGCGAGACUUUUGAGACGUUCGUGCCUGACGGCACCUGUUUCAUUGUCGGUGACAAGGUUAACAAGGACCGGCGCCUCAAGCUCAACAUUGCCGGCAUGUUUGCCAAUCCCGACCAGCUGGUGCGCUAUCUCUGGGCUGCGUCACGUAGACAUCCUACGCGGGCGCACACGGGCUUCAAGACCAUCGAGGCGACCUUCACCAGCGAGUACUACAGCGGCGAGCUCGUCAAGGGUUACUUCCACGGCAAGGGCAAGCACGUUUCGGAUCUGGCCGCCACGUAUGAGGGCGAUUUCGUUCUGGGCAAGCGCCACGGCAGCGGCUUCAUGGAGUACCCGAUCGGCGAUACGUAUGAUGGCGACUGGUUCGAGGGGAUAUGCCAUGGCCAGGGAACGUUUGUCGAGCGCAAGACGGGCAACAAGUAUGUUGGUGGCUACAAGGACGGCAAGCGCCACGGCAAGGGCAUUAGUUAUUGGGAGGUUGCGGAUGAGGAGAUGGACUUGUGUCAGAUAUGCUAUGGGGAAGAGCAGGAUGCGCUGUUUUAUGACUGCGGACAUGUUUGUGCUUGUGUGACGUGCGCGCGUCAAGUGGAUUUGUGUCCGAUCUGUCGGAAGAGCAUUGUGAGCGUGGUGAAGAUAUACCGGACUUGAUUGUUCAAUACAGGACCGAUGGAGUGAGGGACUGGUGUUGGAAUAGAUUU